AUGUCUACCCUCACAGUCCACGGUCUUACCAAAGGCCAAAUAGAUGAGAAGAUUCUGCUCCUAACACACAACCUGAUCAACAUCCACGACACAACUGGCGAAUUUCUCUUGAAAUUAGACGAUGGUCGUGUAAUCGAUACCAAAGGCUGGGACGGCUGGGAAUGGACGCACGGCAUUGGACUCUACGGCCUAUGGCACUACUACACGCUGACGGGCAGCACGGCCACGCUCGAUAUAAUCAAGGGCUGGUUCGACAAACAGCUCAGCAAAGGCACUACCAAAAACAUCAAUACCAUGAGCCCGUUCCUCACAUUGGCCUACCUGUAUGAAGAGACGGGAAACAAGACGUUUGUUCCUUGGUUGGAUACGUGGGCGGAGUGGGUCAUGCAUGGUUUGCCCCGCACAAAGUUUGGUGGUUUCCAGCAUGAGACAUACAACUCUUUCAACAAAGAUGAGCUAUGGGAUGACACACUCAUGAUGAGUGCUCUGCCCCUCGCCAAGAUUGGUCUCACUCUGAAUCGACCCGAAUAUGUCGAGGAAGCCAAGCGUCAAUUCAUCCUGCAUUGCCAGUACCUAUGCGACACAAGCACAGGUCUGUUCUUCCACGGCUGGAAGUGGGAAGACAAGGGUGGAUUGGAAGUCGGACACAACUUUGCGGGGGCCCGAUGGGCUCGCGGGAACUCGUGGUUAACAAUCGCGAUUCCGGAUUUUAUCGAGUUGCUGGACCUGAAGGAGACGGAUCCUCUUCGGCUUUUCCUCGUUGGUAUACUUGAGUCGCAAUGCCGGGCGCUACUGAAGCUGCAAUGUGAGAAUGGUAUGUGGCGAACGCUCCUCGAUAUCCCGGUCGAGGAAGGCAGCUAUGAGGAAGCGUCAGCCACUGCAGGCUUCGCAUACGGCAUGCUCAAAGCUUGCCGAAAGCGAUAUAUCAGUGGAGAGGUUUACCUGCAGAGUGCGGUUAAGGCGAUCAAAGCCGUCAUGAGCAAAAUCAGCGCAGAGGGCGAGUUGACGGAGACUAGCUUUGGUACAGCCAUGGGACAUGACUUGCAACAUUACAAGGAUAUUAAGAUUACGAGUAUGCCGUAUGGACAGGCCAUGGCCAUCAUGGCGCUAGGAGAGUUCAUGAGAACUUUUAUCUAG